UCUGAGGUGGGGAGGGAGAAGAAAGAGUGAGGGAAAAGGAGAAAAAGCACACAACAGAAAAGGGGAGGACAUCGGUGUAAUUGUGUGAAUUUUGGUUGAAUUACAUUGAAGAAAAUAGUUGCAGAGAGGAAGAAACCAAGAUGAUAACGCCCUACUUCCUACAGAAUUUCUGGGGCGAAAAAAACAAUGGAUUUGAUGUUCUCUACCACAACAUGAAGCAUGGUCAAAUCUCCUCCAAGGAACUUACGGAGUUCAUCAGAGAAAGGGCUACCAUAGAAGAGGUCUAUGCCAGGUCAAUGACCAAACUUGCCAAGUCAGCUGGCAACUUCUCUCAGCUCGGGACGUUUUCCCCGGUGUGGGAUGUGUUUAAGAUGUCCACAGAGAAGCUGGCCAGCUGCCACCUGGAGCUGGUGAGGAAGCUACAGGAGCUUAUCAAAGACGUGCAGAAGUACGUGGAUGACCAGGCCAAGGCCCACAAAAAGACCAAGGAGGAGGUGGCGUCCACACUGGAGUCAGUCCAGACCAUCCAGACCACCGGUGUAGCCUUACAGAAGUCCAAGGAGAACUACAACUCCAAAACUGUGGAGCAGGAGAGACUCCGCAAGGAGGGAGCAACACAGAGAGAUGUGGACAAGGCUGGAGUGAAGGCCAAGAAAGCCACGGAAACCUACAAGGGCUUUGUGGAAAAAUACGCCACAGCCAAGUCCGAGUUUGAACAGAAGAUGGCUGAAACUGCACAGAAGUUUCAGGACAUCGAGGAGAGCCACAUCGUCCACAUGAAGGAUAUCAUUCAGUCAUACACACAGUCUGUUGACGAGACGCACGUUCAGAUCGGAGAGGUCCGUAUAGAGUUUGAGAGGAACAUGGAGAACACCUCUGUGGAGGGCUUGAUACAGAAACUGGCUGAUAGUAAAGGAACGGGCAAAGAGAGACCAGAUCCUAUUGACUUUGAAGAAUGCAACACUGCCAUCGCCACUGAAGGAGCCAAACCCAGAAAGAGGAAAACAUUUGCGAUCCCAGGCCGCCGGAAAGACAACAAGGACACAGACUCGACGGAGUCGACAGAAGUUGAACCUGCUAACAAUACCAAUGGAGUUCCUCCUGGAUACUAUGGCACCAUAGACUUCCAAAACGCUAAUGUCCCCACGGUUGAUGAAGAUGGCUUCUGCAUCAGACCGGAAGACCGCAACCAAAAUGAUGCCAAAGAGAACUCGUUCUAUUCGUCGAGUGACUCGGAGGAUGAGGAUGAACCCAGGAAGUUCCGCGUGGAAAUCAAGCCGGUGGCGCCCAACAACAGGACGCAACAAAGCCAAGCCACCAUCGACCAACUCAAGGCCUCCAUUGGAAACAUCAGCCUAUCGCCACCAACCUCGGGUCAGAUGCCAAGGAACCAAUCCAGGCUGUCAGGAAUGCAUCCCCACUCAGCGAUAGGCUCUCAGGUGCUAGGUGAUGAGUUGGGAAAGGCCAGGAUGUCAACAUAUUUCAAUGACAGUAGACCUGCUCUCAAUAAUGACCUUCUCUCACUGGAUCCGUUCGGCCCCGCCCCCACCCUAAGAGGCUCCUCCUCCUCAGUGUCCUCAUCAACAGACAUCGACUCUCUUUUCCUCUCCAUUCCUCUAUGUCCUCUACACAUGAACGAGUCCCCUGUGUUUCUGCUAGGGGAGGCAGAUGAGGGGGUGUUACAGCAGGAGCUAUCCUCUCCCCCACUGGCAGACGGCCUGCAGCAGGCCAAAGGAGAGGUCACCCCUCUACCUUCCUCCACCACCACCUUCUCUCCAUUGAACUCACCAGCUGACCCCUUUCUGGCCCUGAAGCCCAUCCCAGCCCGGGCCCAGAGCGCCCCCAUCACCCGGCAGGAUGAGCCCAUAGAACCCCAGGAUCCAACCCCAGCCCCCGCAGGCCCAGACCCAACCAGCGUGCCUCAGGGAGAGAACCAGUCUGCCUUUACCUGGUCCCAGAGCCAGUGGAUUGACGUCAAUGACGACUUUGUGCCAGUCCGACGCCAGCAGAGCUGCGGUCCGGGUACAGGUCUGGUCAACUCCGACCGGACCCAGUCUAACCCUCCUACCAUUAGGCCUCAGUCUUGCCGGUCCUUCUGUUUCUUCUCUGAUGACCCCGCUGAUCCCUAUUAUAAGAUGGCGCUGAGCAGUGGGGUUGUGGAGGUCAGCACCUCCUCUGUCUCUGAGGUCUUUUCAGCUCUGACAGAGGGGAGGGUGGCAGCAGCAGCAGCAGCUAGCCAAGCACACAACGUGCCUGCCCUGGCCAGACCCACUACCCCUCAAACUGGGGCCAUGGUGGCUCCUCCACGACCCUCUUCCAGACCCAAACUACCCACAGGAAAACUCACAGGAAUCAUUGAAAUUGUGCGGCCAUUCAGCCCGACUAAGACAUUGUCCAACGCCAGUCCUCCUCCGGCUGCUCCCCUGGCCCGGGCAGAGAGCUCCUCCUCCCUGUCCUCCACCGCCUCUCUCAGUGCCUCCAACACACCCACAGUGGGGCCUGAGCGUAUCUUCCGUCCCUCCCUUUCCUCACCGGAACCAGAGUUCCUCCUUUCUGCCUGUCCUCUGUUUCUCCUCAACCAAAAGGAUGAUGGUUUCAUCGGGAAGCUGCCCACCUUUGAGAAGUGCUGUGAAACGCCUGCAGGGACGUCUCGCGGUCCCAGCCCAGUGACCCUGGCGUCCCAGGAUGCCUUGCCCAUUGCUGUGGCCUUCACAGAGUCUGUUAAUGCCUACUUCAAAGGAGCUGAUCCCGCUAAGUGCAUAGUGAAGAUCACAGGUGACAUGACCCUGUCCUUCCCCAUGGGUAUCAUCAAGGUGUUCACCAGUAACCCCUCCCCUGCUAUGCUCACCUUCAAACUGAAGAACACCUCCAAGCUGGAGCAGAUCCUCCCCAACCAGACACUACUGUUCAGUGAUCCCUCGCAAAGUGAUGCUCAUACCAAGGACUUUUGGUUCAACAUGCAAGCUCUCACAUCGUACCUCAGGAAAGCCUCAGAGCAGAACCCUGCUGCAUCCUACUACAACGUUGACAUCCUCAAAUACCAGGUGUCCUCUAAAGGAAUCGCAUCUACCCCUCUGAACCUGGCAGUGUACUGGAAGUGUGACCCCGCCACCACUGACCUGAGGCUGGACUACCACUACAACCCAGAGUCCAUGCUCUGUCCCGGCCCUCUCUCCAACGUACAGGUCCUAGUGCCUGUAGAUGGAGGGGUCACCAACAUGCAGUCCCUGCCUAAUGCUAUCUGGAACUCAGAGCUGAAUAAGUCUCUCUGGAAGCUGAACGAUAUCUCUGAGAAGUCUGAAAAUGAAGGCUCGGGGUCUCUGAGGGCUAAGUUUGACCUCUCUGACGGCCCGUCCACCCCAACCACCCUGGCUGUGCAGUUUAUGAGUGAGGGGAGCACGCUGUCUGGGGUGGACAUAGAGCUGUUGGGAACCGGGUACAGACUGUCCCUCAACAAGAAGAGGUUUGCCACAGGUCGUUACAUGGCAGACUGUUGAGUAUGCACACCGUCCUGGACCCCCAAGCACAACCACUUUAUUGAACAUUUAUUUUCAAUAUUUUAGUCCAUUUUGUCCUAUUUAUUAAAGAGGCGGGGGAGAAGGGAGAGGUGCAGCAAAUACAACAGGUUUUUUGUGACGCAUCCAAACACUUUGCAUUAUGUCCCAAUGUACCUUGUCUGUCUCGAGCAGAGAGCUUCUCAGUACAGUAAAGCAGCGCUGAGUAUUGAACACUGUUUAAAAAAAGAAUAAUAAAUGAAAUAAAAAAUUAAGUUGGGCUGUCAGGAAAUGUAUAAUUGUUGAGAAGUGUAAUGCUUUCUGAUCAAUGCAGACUUUUAUAAAGUCAGAACCGUAGUGUUUCGUUAUGUAACAAUGUAUGGAUUAUAUAUAAAUACAUAUUAUAUACAAAAAAAAUGUAAAAAUGAAAACAAUCUGCACUAACAAUCUAAAAAUAUAUUUGUUCUCUCCUUUGUAAAUUGUGUAUGUAUUCCACUGAAGCUCUUGUAGUAACAAAGAUUCUGGGUAAAACAGUGAGAAAAGAGAAGAAAGAUGAGAGGAAAUGCCACACUAUCCUCCCUCAUCCCCCUCUCCUUCUCUUCUCCAUUGCAAGUACGAUCACCGAGUAUUUUACUUUGUGAGACUCAAGUCAUGUUUUUUGCUGAUUUACCUUUAUUUCCUGGGUUCUUUUUGUUCUGAUCAUGUGCAAUGAAGAAAUGAAGGUAUAAGCUGUAUUUUUUUUAACUAAACAGAUUCUCUCAAAUGUUAUUAUGGCACAACAUUAAUCGGUUGUCCUGUCGCUUCUGACAACUGGUAAUAACACAAGGUCAGCUCUCUUUCAAAAGCAAAAAAACUCAACUUAACUGACCUCAGUGCCUCUUUCUUUCUGUGGAUAAAUUCAUUGAAAAACGUAGCUAUCUUUUCUCUAUGCCCUUUUGUAUGUUAAAAAAGCACCGCUAACAAAAAGAAAAAGCACCAACCUUGUGCAAGUUGUUGUUUUAUAAUCUUGUUUUUGGAUGUUGAAGGGAAAAUGCUUCCAGUUUCUACACCAGUCAAUCCAAAAGGCAUCUGUCUUCCAGAAACUGCUGAUCCAGUGGACUCACUGUCUCAGUUCUGUGUCUUUGCUGUGAUGUUGUCUUUUCUACUAGGGUAUUUUUUUCUAUAUUUGAUCCGAUAGAGAUCUUUGUUCCCAAACCGCCUUCGGUCUAUUUGAGAGCACUGGACAGCCUGCUAGCCGAGCAUCUUUAUCACAAUCUAGCCAAAUCAAUUCUAGUAAUGCCUUAAGAAAAUAUACCUUGUCAUCUUUUGAUAAUGGUAAUAAGAUGCUAUCCAGUUGUGAUAGGCUACAUUUCUGCCGUGUUUGCCUGUGAGGAGAGAGAUGGAUGACAGUUCUUGGUGCUGACUCGAUAUCAUACUGAGUGGUUCAUUCUUGCCUUAUAUACCAAUGGAGGACCAGUAUCUAGAAGGGCUACAUCUCCUAGAUGGAAAGAUGCAUACACCUUAUGUAGCAGUUCUAUCAAUAUCACUAAUGUGUGUUUUUGACAACCUUUUCCAAUGCCUUCUUCACAAAACCACAGUUUUGACAGUAUAGAUAAUGAUCAGAGUACUGUAUUUUCAUUACAAACAUUGAUAUGGGCACACCAGUAACACUGUGAUUGUGGACUGUUAGUGUUCCAUCAUGUAUGUGGCCAUCUGAACACUGUAUGCUUGUAAACUCCUGGCCCAUAUCCACAACGCGUCUCCGAGUAAUAGUGCUGAUCUAGGUUCUGGCCAUAUAAUAUGAUCAAUUAUGAACUAAAAGACAACUGAUCCUAUAUCGGCACUCUUACACUGAGACGCUUUGUGGAUAACGAACCCUGGUAUUUGGUACAGUUGAUACUGUUAACGUUCUCGCUGCUUCUGAAAUGGCACCCUAUGCCCUACAAUAUAUAGUGCAAUAGUUUUGAUCAGUAGUAGUGCACUAUGGAAUAGGGUGCCUUUUCAGAGGCGCUAUGUGUAGAUAUGGUUAAUCGCAUCGCUUACUAGUAAACGUGAUCUGACCAAACCUCAAGAUAUGACUUUUCAGCACAACAAAACACCUAGUCCAUGUGGCCAGUCUUCUAGAACUAUGAGAAAACACCUAGUCCAUGUGGCCAGUCUUCUAGAACUAUGAGAAAUGUGAUUAUUGUUUAACAAUGUUGAUUGAGAUGCAUUUGUGAAGUCAAUGUCUAAAAUAGGAUUUGUUUUGCAUACAGUACAAUAAGUCACAAUUAUGUUUUGUAAGGCAUGGAUUAAUCAUCACGGUUUGAAUUAUUGGUCAUGUUUUAUUUGUAUGUAUAAGGUUUUUAAGGAUGAUAUUUGUUUAAGAUAGUUUAAGACUCCACCUUCAGUAGAAUUGUAGAGGCAGAUACUAACUUUAUUUGAAUGAGGGGUAAAAUUAUACACAAAUAAUAUUUUCCAGAACACUAUAUAUGGCCCAACCAAAUAAUGUGACUAUCCGAAUGGAGUUAGAGUUUACUAAACCUAAGCGUUAUUAUGGAAAACAAACGUAGCUUGUAAGGAACGUUUAAAGAGGGGAACAGCGUAUCAAAAUCAGACGUUUUUUUUAUGGAGUUCUCCUUAAAAUAUAUCAACAGCACCGGCUACUCUCGAGUCACCCGCUAAGAUCAGAGAAACCCACACACAGAAACUGAAUAUAUAUGCAAAGUAUAUUUAGCGAGCUGGUUCUUGCUGUCUCUACAUAGCAUCCAGUGAUUUUUCUUUUUUUUCUUUCUUCUUGGAGCUUGUCAUUAUGAUUUUUGUUUGUAUGUCUAUGUCAAAAGCAGAGUUUAGUUUGAUUUCUCAUAAAAUGUAAAUUUUUACAAAUAUCUCUGCCACUUUUUUUUUCCUGUUCACUUUAUGAUCGAUCUCAAUGUGCCUGUAUUAAAUGUAUAAUAUAUGAUUAUAUACCUAUAUAUAAAAAUGACUACUUAAAAUUG